AGUAUGAUGCUGCGUGCAGACACUUGUCUAUCUCCGGUCCCGGACCUUCCAUUGUGGGUGGCAUGGCAUUAGAGGGGCCGACAUAACAACCUGCGUACCCUGGCGGAGACCACCUGCAAUUACCACUUUGAAGGAAAUGCACCUUUGCUGGAUUUUAACCUGAGCACGAUCCUUCUCGGCAGCAGCGAUUCCGGCUGAAGGUGGAAGGUAGACGUGGAGACGGCUUAGUUUAUUUACAAACUCGGCUCGGUGGUUGGAUUGAGCUUUGUGAUCACACGGUGUACACAGGAGGAGAUUGCCUGGAGACCAGUGCUGGACCUUGAGAGCCCCCAUCCAGCCCAAUAUCCUCCUGUGAUGGAGAAGGACUGGGCCCCAUCACCUGCACUGCUGGCCACUGGGACUGGUAUUCUGGCAAGGCUUCCUGCUCACCACUGGAUCUUGUGAUUGGAGACCUUCAGUCCUAUAUGCCUAGAACAUUAGUCACCUCUUGUGUUUGGAAGGACAUUCUUCCAGCAAAGGCUAGAAAAAAACCAAGAGAAUAUGGAUAUCUUCUGUAGGUCGUGCUUAUUUAGCGGGGCAGGGAAUCCAUUUAUGGCACCUGUAUCCCAUCGAGGCCCAUUCCCGGGCCCUUGGAGAUGUGACUCUAUUAGAACUGCUACCGUUUUUUUAUUACUGUUUUUAACCAUGGCUUUGGGCAGCCCCCAUACUGUUUCGCAGGGAAACUGUUCGCUGUCUGUAGUACAAGAGGAAAGUGCUAAAGUGGUCUUCACAGAUACCUCAUCGCUAAUGCUGUCAUGGACGUGCACAUCUCCUGUCCCCACCACCGUCCCGUCCAUCUUAACGAUUACCAGCCUAAUUCACGCAACGGUCCCGUUGAGACCACGUUCCCAUCUAAAUAUCCUUACCAUGCUUCAUCCAAGACCUGGUGCUCUUGGCAAACCCUCUCAGGUUUGCCUCAUGCCCAAAUUAGCGCUAUUAACUCUUCCAGAUGUGCAACCGUCGCCAUGGGGCUCAUGCCAAUUGAGAUGCCAAACGAUCAGCGAUCACGGAGCAAUGUUUUCGAAUGGGAUACUGUUUACUUCACGUUACCACUGCCUUAAUCACCAUAGUCCUCUUGAUUUGAAACUUCAUUGCCAGAUGUGCGGUAAGCCGCCAAGUGAAGCGUUUGUGUUGUAUUGGAGAAUCAUUCUGCCUCAGUCAUUCAUGGAAGUAGCUGAUGCACACAGGGUGCCUAGAGGGAAAAGAAAUAUUAAUAUUAGUCCACAGUUUCAAACACUAACAUAUCAAGUGUCUGUACCUGAAAACAAACCUGCAGGGACGUUUGUGGUGCAACUGAGGGCUACAGACCCAGAUGCUGGUGAAUUUGGCCAACUGGAGUACUCCAUGGAUGCACUGUUUGAUAGUCGCUCAUCACAUUUCUUCUUUUUGGAUCGAAACACUGGUGUGGUGACCACUACAAAGGAACUGGAUAGAGAGACCAAGGCCACACAUGUUUUUAAGGUGAUUGUAACGGAUGCUGGCAUCCCCCGUCGUACCGCCAUGGCCACACUGUCUGUAACAGUCAGUGACACAAAUGACCACGACCCAGUGUUUGAGCAAUCUGAAUACAGAGAAAGUGUAAGAGAGAAUAUGGAGGUUGGCUAUGAAGUAAUGACUGUACGUGCUACUGAUGGGGAUUCCCCGAUCAAUGCCAAUAUAGCCUAUCGUAUUGUAUCUGAAACAGGGGAAGCUUUUGAAAUUGACUCCCGUUCAGGAGUUAUUAGGAUGAAAGACUCUGUGGACAGAGAGGAAAGAGCAUUUUACCAGCUAGUUAUUGAGGCAGAUGACCAAGGACGUGAUCCUGGGCCCCGCAGUUCUACAACCACUGUGUAUAUAUCAGUCGAAGACGAAAAUGACAAUGCACCGCAGUUCAGUGAGAAGCACUAUGUGGCACGUGCACCUGAAGACACUAUACCUGACUCGCAAAUCCUAGUUGUAACUGCAACAGAUAAAGAUCAAGGAAUUAAUGCAGUAGUGCACUAUAGUAUUCUGAGCGGCAAUGCUCGUGGCCUAUUUUCCAUCGAUCCUCAGUCUGGUGCCAUCUUUUUGGCUGGCGCUCUUGACUUUGAGACGGGAAGAGAACACACGUUAAGGAUAAGAGCACAAGAUGGCGGGCGGCCUCCAUUGUCCAAUGUGACUGGCUUGGUUACCGUUCAGGUUCUAGAUGUAAAUGACAAUGCGCCUGUUUUUGUAAGUGGCCCAUUUCAAGCUGCUGUUUUAGAGAAUUCUCCUUUAGGUUAUUCAGUACUACAGGUUCAAGCACUUGAUGCAGACGCUGGUGAAAACUCCAGACUGGAAUACAGACUUACAGGAGAAGCUGGACCAUUUUCUAUCAAUAAUAGCACCGGCUGGAUUAUAGUACAAUCAGAGUUGGAUAGGGAAGAUAUUGAAUUUUUCAAUUUUGAAGUAGAAACAUGUGACCAUGGCCAUCCAUCUCUGUCCUCUUCUGCUGCUGUAAAUGUUCAGAUAUUGGAUGUUAAUGACAAUGCUCCAGAAUUCACUCAAAGCGAGUAUCAAGCACGACUGAAUGAAGAUGCUGCUGUUGGCACCAGUGUUAUGACAGUUUUAGCAUUGGAUAGGGAUUUCCAGGCCACCAUUACUUACCAGAUUACAUCUGGUAAUACUCGACAUCGCUUCUCCAUCUCAAGCUUAGCAGGAGGUGGUGGCCUCUUAACAUUGGCACUGCCUCUGGAUUAUAAAUUAGAAAAACAAUUUAUAUUGACUAUAACAGCAUCAGAUGGAAUGAGAACUGAUACUGCACGUGUAGUGGUGAAUGUGACUGAUGCCAACACGCACAGACCUGUCUUUCAGAGCUCUCAUUACACAGUGAGUGUAAAAGAGGACCAGCCUGCAGGAACCACUGUGGUAAUCAUCAGUGCUUCAGAUGAGGACACUGGAGAGAAUGCUCGUAUAACCUAUCUGGCAGAAGAAGGAAUGCCACAAUUUUCCAUUGACCCUGACACGGGGGCAGUUACAACAACCAUGGAGUUAGAUUAUGAAGUUCAGGUGUCAUACACAUUAGCCAUAACUGCUCAUGAUAAUGGCAUUCCCCAAAAGUCUGAUACUACUUAUCUUGAAAUUCUAGUAACUGAUGUAAAUGACAACCCCCCAGUCUUUCAGCGAGCAUCCUACAGUGGUACAAUUACUGAAGAUGCACCUGUUUACACAAGUGUCCUUCAGAUAUCUGCCACUGAUCGUGACUCGGGCCUUAAUGGAAGGGUCUUCUACACCUUUACUGGUGGAGAUGAUGGUGAUGGAGACUUUACAGUGGAGUAUACUUCAGGUAUUGUGAGAACACUAAGACAGCUGGAUCGAGAGAAUGUGGUACAAUAUCGACUCAAAGCAUUUGCAGUUGACAAGGGUCAUCCAACACCACAUCGCACACCUACUGAAAUAAUCAUCACAGUAUUAGAUGUUAAUGACAAUGCCCCAGUAUUUGCUAGAGAUGAACUGGAAGUAAUGGUGUUGGAGAACAGCCCACUUGGUCUACCACUUGCCACAAUUACAGCCACUGACCCAGAUGAGGGUGUUAAUGCUCAAAUUAUGUAUCAGAUUGUUGAAGGCAACAUUCCAGAAGUUUUUCAGUUGGAUAUAUUUUCUGGAGAGCUCAAUGCAUUGGUUGACUUGGAUUAUGAAGAACGACCGGAGUAUCUUAUAGUGGUGCAAGCCACCUCAGCUCCUUUAGUCAGCAGAGCCACUGUUAGAGUGCGCUUAGUAGAUGUUAAUGACAAUGCUCCAACUCUUAGUAAUUUCAGGGUUGCCUUUAACCACUAUGUUGGUGGUGGUGGUGGCAGCUUUCCACGUGGAGUAAUUGGAAAAGUACCAGCACAGGAUCCUGAUAUAAGUGAUUCAUUGAGCUUUACUUUCCUCCAAGGGAAUGAAUUAGGCCUUCUUCUACUUAAUGCAAGUACUGGGGAGUUACAGUUAAGUCGUGACCUUGACAGCAACCGACCACUAGAAGCAGCAAUGGAAGUGGCAGUUACAGAUGGAGUCCAUCGUGUAACUGCACAGUGUACUUUGCAAGUGACCAUCAUUACUGAUGAAAUGCUCUCCCACAGCAUCACCUUACGCCUAGGUGGAAUGUCUCAACAACAGUUCCUUUCUCCCAUGUUGCCUUUGUUUAUCCGCUCUGUGGCUUAUGUUCUCUCUGUUCCUGCACAUGGUGUCGUGGUCUUUAGUAUUUUGGAUGACUCUGAGGUUACAGCUUUGACUUUAGGUUCACCCACAGAGGAACAAAUCCUGAAUGUCAGUCUAUUGGUCCAUAGCCCUGAAGGGAUAUUUUUGCCUUCUGAGAUCUUGCGUGAGUUACUGUACUUGAACCGCACUUUGCUGGCCAUAUUGGCCCAACAAAAGGUGUUGCCAUUUGAUGACAACGUUUGCCUUCGAGAGCCCUGCCCCAAUUAUAUGCUGUGUGUGUCUGCCCUACGCUUUGACAGUUCUGCUCCAUUCUUGGCCUCAGAUACAUUGCUCUUUCGUCCGAUUAUGCCUGUAGGAGGGCUACGUUGUCGAUGCCCAACAGGCUUUGCUGGUGAAUUUUGUGAAACAGAGGUAGACUUGUGUUACACUGGGCCCUGCGGAGAACAUGGCAUUUGCCUUAGUCAUGAAGGUGGUUAUACCUGUCAGUGCAAUGAAGAGUAUUCAGGUCCACACUGUGAGAUUUCUUUGCGAUCUGCCCGUUGCUCUGCUGGGCUUUGCCGAAAUGGAGCAGUGUGUGUUAAUCUUUUGCUGGGUGGCUUUCAUUGUGAGUGUCCUCCUGGGGAAUAUGAAGCACCAUACUGCAUGGUCACCACACGGGCUUUUGAUGGAGAAUCGUUUAUUACUUUCCGUGGCCUAAGACAGAGGUUCCAUUUUAAGCUGUCACUGAGCUUUGCUACUCGGGAGCAGAAUGGUCUUCUCAUGUAUAACGGGAGGUUUAACGGAAGACAUGACUUCAUUGUGUUGGAAGUGAAAGAUGAACAGGUUCAGUUGACUUUCUCAGCAGGUGAAUUUACUACAACAGUUUCCCCUUUUAUUCCUGGUGGAGUAAGUGAUGGACAGUGGCACACAGUCCAUCUUCAUUAUUUUAACAAGCCAGUUGUAGCCAAAUCUGGGGAUUUGCUUGGACCCUCAGAACAGAAGGUGGCCGUGAUAACUGUUGACAACUGUAACACUGAAAUGUCCUUGCGUUUUGGAGAUGUCUUGGAAAACUACACUUGUGCUGCACAAGGGAUGCAAUCAGGAACAAAAAAGUCCCUGGAUCUUACAGGCCCCCUUUUACUGGGGGGAAUUCCUAAUCUACCUGAGGAUUUUCCUGUGAGGCACAAGUACUUUGUGGGCUGCAUGAAAGACCUUAUUAUAGAUAACAAAGCAGUAGACCUUGGGGAGUACAUUGCAAACAACGGAACCGUUCCAGGUUGUCCUGCUAAAAGAAAUCACUGUGAAGGAGAAAGGUGCCAGCAUGGAGGAACAUGUGUUAACCGAUGGAAUGGUUAUUCGUGUGAAUGCCCAUUGGGGUAUGGAGGCAAAAACUGUGAAAAGGAUAUGCAAUCCACCUUUCGUUUUCUGGGAGAUGGCGAAAUAUUAUGGAGAAGCUUGUCACUACCUCUAAAUCUGCCCUGGCAUUUGAGCCUCAUGAUUCGUACACAGCAGUCAGAUGCCCUUUUACUGCAAGCAGAAGGUGAACAGAAUUGUUCUGUCACACUGCAGAUGAGCGAAGCUUCCCCAUUGCUGUCCCUCCGUGGCCCAUCUGGCAUCCAUGCCUUGUUUUAUCUACCUCAUGUAAAAUUAAAUGACGGGGUGUGGCAUCACAUUUCUCUAGAGCUUCAAAGUGACCCUAAGUUGACUGAGAACCACCUUCUGCUCUUUCAGAUUGACUACGGCCAAGAGGAGGUUAAAGGUGAAUUUCCCAAGGAUCUCAUAGGCACAACACUGAGUAAUCUUAGUAUCGGUGCUGCAGCAAGUAAUGGAGACAUCAUUUUACAAGGUUUCCGUGGUUGUUUACAGGGUGUGCGGGUUGGUGCCUCUCCACUGCCUAUAGACAGUGCGUUGCUUUUGAAUAUAGAGCCAGGCUGUAGUUUUCCAGACCCAUGUGACUCCAGCCCAUGUCCUGCUCACAGCUACUGUAGGGAUGACUGGGACAACUACUCUUGUGCUUGUCACCCAGGAUAUUAUGGUAAUAGCUGUAUCAGUGCAUGUGACCUGAAUCCAUGUAAGCACCAGUCUACAUGUGUAAUGCAAGUAAAUGGAUAUAUAUGUGAAUGUUCUUCAGGAUACUACGGUCCACACUGUGAGAGCAGGCUUGAUCAGCCGUGUGCACGGGGUUGGUGGGGUCACCCUGUCUGCGGUCCAUGUCACUGUGAUGCAAGCAAAGGAUUUGAUACAGAAUGUAACAAAACAACAGGAGAAUGUCAUUGCAAGGAUAAUCAUUUCCAUCCACCUGGAGCUGAGGCCUGUAUACAGUGUGAUUGCUAUGCCACUGGUUCCCUUAGUCGAACAUGUGAUCCAAUCACAGGACAGUGCCCUUGUAAAUCUGGAGUCAUAGGGCGCCAGUGUGAUCGAUGCGACAAUCCUUUUGCAGAAGUCACAGCCAAUGGAUGUGAAGUAAACUAUGACAGCUGCCCCAGAGCUGUGGAAGCUGAGAUUUGGUGGCCAAGAACACGUUUUGGAUUGCCAACAGCUGUGUCAUGUCCAAAAGGUUCUGUAGGUACUGCUAUUCGUCACUGCGAUGAACACCGAGGCUGGCUACCUUCAAACUUGUCAAACUGCACCUCCCGGUCACUCAUACCGCUGAAAGGACUGUUGGAUGUUCUGAAAAGUAACAUGUCAACGCUGAGUCCUGCAGUUGCCCAAAGCGCUGCACAUGAUCUACUGAAUAUCACCCAAGAAGCAGAUGCUUUUUUGGGCAGUGAUGUGCUCAUAUCAUACCAACUUCUUAAUGCCAUUCUACAAAAACAGAGCCAGGAAAGUGGCUUCAAUCUUGCCGCAACCCAGGAUGUACAUUUUACAGAGAAUGUUGUUAAAAUUGGGAGUUUUCUUCUUGAUCUUGAUACCAAAGAACACUGGGCCCUCAUCCAGGCUUCAGAAGCUGGCACCGCACUCCUGUUAAAACAUUAUGAAACCUACAUGAAGAAUGUGGCUCGUAAUAUGAAGCAUACGUAUUUGAACCCUUUUACUAUUAAUACACCAAACAUUGUUGUGUCAGUGACGCGUUUAGAUAAGGAAAACUAUGCUGGUGUCACACUACCACAGUAUGAGACACUACGUGGAGAAAAGCCGAGUGACCAGGAGACUGCACUUAUUCUUCCAAUCACAAAUUUCAUGUCCCAGAAUACCAAUGGCACUGACAAACUACAUAUGGAUCGUUCACAUCAAAACAGAGCAAAGAGGGACAAAGUUUCAUGGAAAGAAGGUGCACAAAGGGAUUUUGAAGCUGUGGUAACUGUUAUAAUAUAUCAUGGCCUCGGGACUUUACUACCUGAAAGAUGGGAUCCAGACAAAAGAAGUCUCAGGGUGCCUAAACGUCCUGUAAUAAAUUCUCCAGUGGUGAGCAUUUAUAUUCAUGAAGCAGAUGGGGCACUGGAUCAACCAAUUACAGUGCAGUUCAGACUUCGAGAAACACAAGAACGUUCCAAACCAAUUUGUGUGCAUUGGAAUCACUCUCUCCAGUUACCAACACCAGGGGGUGGCUGGUCAGCUCGGGGCUGUGAGCUGGUUUUUCGCAACGAAACACACAUUAGCUGCCAGUGCAAUCACAUGACCAGUUUUGCAGUGUUAAUGGAUAUGUCACGAAGAGAGAAUGGAGAAGUGCUUCCUUUGCGCAUCAUUACAUACUCUUGCAUAGGUGUAACCCUGGGCUUUUUGCUUCUCACUUUACUUUUUCUGUGUAUCCCACGUUCCCUGCGUUUCAAUCAACACAGCAUCCAUCGGAACCUACUACUGGCUCUCUUCCUGUCUCAGCUCAGCUUCAUACUGGGUAUCAACCAGGCUGACCUGGAGUUUUCAUGCACUAUCAUUGCUAUCCUCCUCCAUUUUCUCUCUCUGUGUUGCUUUUCUUGGGUUUUUCUUGAAGUUCUGCACAUAUAUCGCAGACUGAGUGAAGUUCGAGAUGUCAACACUGGUCCAAUGAGAUUCUACUAUGCUCUGGGUUGGGGUGUACCCGCCUUUAUCACUGGUCUGGCAGUGGGGCUUGACCCUGAAGGUUAUGGCAACCCUGAUUUCUGUUGGCUUUCUGUAUCUGACACAUUAAUCUGGAGCUUUGCAGGGCCUGCUGGCUUUGUCAUAUCAACUGGACUGUUUCUUUGCAUUGUUUCUGGGCGUGCAUCCUGUGCAGCACAGAGGAAAGGAUUCCAAAAGAAAGGGACAGCGUCUGGACUCCGAUGUUCCAUAUUCCUGCUUCUUCUUGUUAGUGUGUCCUGGAUUCUUGCUCUGUUGUCGGUUAACAGCGAUCUACUGUUCCUACACUACACUUAUGCUGGCGUUGUCUGUGCUCAGGGUCCUCUCAUCUUUUUGAUCAGUGUGAUAUUCAGCAAAGAUGUACACAGGUCACUUAAACACAGCGUUCGUAAGAUGAAUGAACCUAGUGUCACCACAAAGUCCACCCUAACCUCGUCGCAUCCACAUAACAGUUAUGCGGAUGGUCAGCUCUAUCAUAUGCCAUUUGGUUCUUCAACUGGCUCUUUGCACAGUUCUAUACCUUCAAGAGGGAGUCAUUGUUACUUGCCAAUCCUGCUCAGAACUGAAGCUGGACUCAAGAAUGGUCAUUCACUUUUGGAGUUAAAGGAUCCUAAUGGAAAGGAUGACCAAGACGAUUCUGACUCAGAAAGUGACUUCUCAGUGGAUGAUGAUGAUGAUGACCACAGCUGCUCCUUUGCAUCCACUCAGUCCUCAGACAGCGAUGAAGAAGAUGAUAGUCCAAGGGUCCCAAGUUGGGAUAUUUUAACAAACCUCAACAAUGAGAAACAUUUUCAAAAUUCUCAAAAAGAUAACCCUGCACCUGAAAAGACUAUAAUAGCUAAUGGAGAGAUACUUCCAAUGGCCCCACCUGACACAUCACCUAAACCAGCAGCACUUCAGCCACAGAAAGGAAUUCUGAAGAAGCAGCGUUCUGUUAUUAAUCAGAUCCAUAACGAACUUGGACAGAAGCCUUCUGGUAGAGAAAAACAAAGCAUACAGGGACAAGUAAAUGGGGGCACAAACAUACCUAUGAGUGUCACUGACACAGGCAGGAAAGAGUCCUCUGAAUCGGAGUUUGUCUUCCCUGAUUCUCCCCAUUAAUCCAUUCUGUAAUAACCACAACUGAUUUUUUUUUUUUUUAUAUAUAUAUUUUUUUUUAUUCUACUUUUUAUGUUGUUUUCCCCUACCUUCCAUCACCUUCAGGAGCAACGAAACAACUAUUUGAUCCACUGCCUACAAUAGCCUAUUCUCUACUAGAAGAAGUAACAACUGGGGUUCUAGAAUCCAAAACGGACUAAGACUUUUAAUCCUUACUCAACAAAAGGAGGAUUUCAACUUCCAUUAAUAUUUACAGUUUUUUGCACUGUGCUGUAAAAUGCUAUUGCUGUUUGUAUGGAAAUAAAAUACAUAUUUUUGUUGUU